GAGCAUUCGAGGCAGACGUACGCGAAACUGUAGAAAAAGUGUGCGGUGUGUUGUACGUGUGUGUGUAGUGUAGAAUAGUGUUUGUCCAACGGGGGUUCCGAAGGGGGUGAACCGAGUGAAACGGAGGAGGGAGUGCAUUGGCUGCAAUCAAACACACCGGAAGCGAGCGGAAGCCGGGCGGCGGGAGUCGGGAAUCUAGCCACAACGCAAGCGACAACGGAAACGGCCAAAGAAGCUGGAUGCGUGCGAGAUCGGUCUGAGGGAAAUGUCGGCCAACCGUAGCCGCUCGAUGCUGUCGGUAAACCUCGAGGCGGCCGCCAUGGCCAACGAUCCGCUGCGCGACCUGUUCGAGGCCUGCAAGACGGGCGAUCUCGUGAAGGUGAAAAAGCUCAUCACACCACAGACGGUCAAUGCGCGGGACACGGCGGGAAGGAAGUCGACGCCGUUGCACUUUGCUGCUGGUUAUGGACGAAGAGACGUGGUUGAGUUCCUGCUCGCGAACGGAGCCUCCAUUCAGGCGCGGGAUGACGGUGGGCUGCAUCCGCUGCACAACGCCUGCUCCUUUGGACACGCGGAUGUUGUCCGCUUGUUGCUGGAGGCCGGCGCUAAUCCGAACACGCGUGACAACUGGAACUAUACACCGCUGCACGAGGCUGCCAGCAAGGGCAAGAUCGAUGUGUGCAUCGCCCUACUCCAGCACGGUGCCGACCCAAACAUCCGCAACUCGGAGAACAAGAUCCCGCUCGAUCUGGCCGAUCCUUGCACGCGCCCCGUGCUCACCGGAGAGUAUCGCAAGGAUGAGCUGCUAGAGGCGGCCCGCUCGGGCUCGGAAGAGCGGCUGCUGGAGCUGCUGACGCCCCUGAACGUCAACUGUCACGCCAGCGAUGGGCGAAAGUCGACCCCGUUGCAUCUGGCCGCGGGCUACAAUCGCAUUCGGGUGGUGCAAAUCCUGCUGCAGCAUGGGGCUGAUGUUCACGCGAAGGACAAGGGUGGUCUAGUGCCGCUGCACAACGCUUGCUCUUACGGACACUUCGAGGUGACGGAGCUGCUCAUCAAACACGGUGGCAACGUGAACGCAAAUGAUCUGUGGGCGUUUACGCCGCUGCACGAGGCCGCUUCGAAAAGCCGGGUCGAGGUGUGCAGCCUGUUGCUGAGCGAGGGUGCUGAUCCGACGCUCCUGAACUGCCAUAACAAGUCUGCGAUCGAUUCUGCGCCGACCCGGGAGCUGCAGGAGAAAAUUGCAUAUGAAUAUAAAGGCCACUGCGUGCUGGACGCAUGCCGGCAGGCGGAUAUUCAGCGACUGAAGAAGAACCUCACGACCGAGACGGUCAACUUCAUCCACCCCUACUCUGGCGAUACGCCGGUGCACGCGGUCGCACAGUCCGUCUAUCCGAAGCGCAAGCAGGUGCUCGAAGUGUUGAUCCGCAAGGGCGCCCUGCUAAACGAAAAGAAUAAAGACUUCCUCACGCCGCUGCACAUCUCGGCGGACAACUCGCACAACGAACUGAUGGAUGUGCUGCUGCGGCACGGUGCCAAGGUGGACGCACUGGAUGGACUCGGCCAGACGGCACUUCAUCGGUGCGCCCGGGAGGACAACAUCCAGGCUUGCCGACUACUGCUCUCCUACGGCAUCGACACGGGCAUCGUUUCGCUGCAGGGCUACACGGCCGCCCAGCUGGCCACGGAGAACGUACUGAAGAUCCUCCAGGACCCACCAUCCGACACGGUGGACCUUGAGUGUCAGCUGCUGGAGGCGGCUAAGACCGGCGAUAUCGACUCGGUCCGGCGGAUCAUACUCUCCAGCCCGAUGACGGUCAACUGCCGAGAUCUGGACGGACGUCACUCGACACCGUUGCACUUUGCCGCCGGCUACAACCGCGUGCCGGUGGUGGAGUUUCUGCUCGAGCACGGCGCGGAGGUGCAUGCGUCCGAUAAGGGCGGCCUGGUGCCGCUGCACAACGCUUGCUCGUACGGCCACUACGAGGUGACGGAGCUGCUGGUCAAGCACGGGGCCAACGUGAACGUGGCGGACUUGUGGAAGUUCACACCGCUACAUGAAGCGGCCGCCAAGGGCAAGUACGAGAUUGUCAAGCUCUUGAUAAAGCAUGGAGCUGACGUGACGAAAAAGAAUCGAGAUGGCGCAACACCACUCGAUCUGGUCCGGGAGGGAGAUCAGGAUGUAGCCGAUUUGCUACGUGGAAAUGCAGCGUUGUUGGACGCGGCUAAGAAAGGUAACCUGGCACGGGUGCAGCGGCUUGUCACGGCCGAUAACAUCAACUGCCGGGAUGCACAGGGUCGUAAUUCCACUCCUUUACACCUAGCUGCUGGUUAUAAUAACCUAGAGGUUGCGGAAUACCUUCUGGAGCACGGUGCCGACGUGAAUGCCCAGGACAAGGGUGGUUUGAUACCUCUGCACAAUGCCUCCUCGUAUGGCCAUCUCGACAUUGCCGCUCUGCUCAUUAAGCACAACACGGUGGUGAACGCCACGGACAAAUGGGGCUACACACCAUUGCACGAGGCCGCUCAGAAAGGGCGUACCCAGCUGUGUUCACUUCUUCUCGCACACGGAGCCGAUCCAUUUAUGAAAAACCAGGAAGGUCAAACCAGUCUCGAUCUCGCCACCGCCGAAGAUGUCAAGUGUUUGCUGCAGGAUGCCAUGGUCGCCUCGCAGGGUACGGCCGGUGCUUCCGGCGGCACGCUCACCGGCGCCACAGGAACUGCCAUCCUUUCCUCGAACGGAACGCUCCUUGCGACGACCUGCUCACCGACCACGGAAACGGUCACCUUGCCGACGGGCGCAUCAAUGACGCUAUCUGUUCCCGUGCCACAGCUCCCAAUCCGUAGCUGCCUCAGCCCGGCGCAGGGCGCCGAAGCGAACGUCGACGGUAUCGUGGUGGAUCACGACGACAAGAUGUCCUCGGUGCCGUCGAUCGAAUCGUCCGUUUCGGUGUUCCUCACCAGCCUGCAGCUGGAGCAUCUGAUCGACCUGUUCGAGCGGGAGCAGAUCACGAUGGAUAUCCUGGCCGAGAUGGGCCACGAGGAUCUGAAGCAGGUCGGUGUUUCGGCGUACGGCUUCCGGCACAAAAUUCUUAAGGGCAUUGCUACGCUUCGAGCGACCACAGGACUAGGACUUACGCCGAACCCUGGGACGCUGCUGGUGGAUCUUCUUCCCGACGACAAGGAGUUUCUUGCGGUCGAGGAGGAAAUGCAAGCCACCAUCAGGGAGCAUCGCGAUAACGGCCACUCUGGUGGCUAUUUCACUCGCUACAAUAUUGUACGGAUACAAAAGGUACAGAACCGAAAGCUCUGGGAGCGGUACGUCCAUCGACGGCAGGAGAUUUCCGAGGAGAAUGGUCACCAGGCGAGCGAGCGGAUGCUCUUCCACGGGUCACCGUUUAUCAACGCCAUCGUGCAGAAGGGUUUCGACGAGCGGCAUGCGUACAUCGGUGGCAUGUUUGGAGCCGGAAUCUACUUUGCCGAGCACAGCUCCAAGUCGAACCAGUACGUGUACGGUAUUGGCGGUGGCAUCGGAUGCCCAACGCACAAGGAUAAAUCGUGUUAUCAGUGCCAUCGACAAUUGCUACUCUGCCGUGUAGCGCUUGGCAAAUCGUUCCUGCAGUUUAGUGCGAUGAAAAUGGCACAUGCUCCCCCGGGGCACCAUUCAGUGAUCGGACGUCCAUCGGCAGGUGGAUUGCAUUUUCCCGAGUACGUUGUCUACCGAGGUGAACAGGCUUACCCGGAGUAUUUAAUAACGUACCAGAUCGCCAAGCCGGACGAUUGUGCCAGUGGCGAAGAGCCGGCAAGAUGAUGGACAAUAUCGGCCGCUAGUAACAUCAGCCAAAACAA